AUGGUGAGAGCGAGUGUCUUGAAUGAUGCACUGAACAGCAUGUAUAAUGCUGAGAAGAGGGGCAAACGUCAGGUCAUGAUUAGGCCUUCCUCAAAAGUCAUCAUCAAGUUUCUUCUGGUCAUGCAAAAGCAUGGAUACAUUGGCGAAUUUGAGUUUGUUGAUGACCAUAGGUCUGGAAAGAUUGUGGUGGAGCUGAAUGGAAGGCUCAACAAAUGCGGGGUGAUCAGCCCUCGGUUUGAUGUCGGUGUCAAGGAAAUUGAGCCUUGGACUGCCAGGCUGCUCCCAUCAAGACAGUUUGGCUACAUUGUUCUGACAACAUCUGCUGGGAUUAUGGAUCAUGAAGAAGCUCGUAGGAAAAAUGUUGGAGGGAAAGUACUCGGGUUCUUUUACUAA